AUGAACUUUCCUGGUCUUGGCGCCCCCGCGCAGCAGCAGCAAGGCCCGUCGCCCGUCGCGAUGGCCAAGGUCGAGAUGGCCAUGUACACGGACCUCUUCAACCGCAUGGCCGAGAUGUGCUUCAAGAAGUGCAACUACCGCUUCCAUGACGCCGACCUCAACGUGGGCGAAAUGAGCUGCGUCGACCGCUGCGUCGGCAAGUACAUGCAGGCGCACCACCAGGUCGGCGAGACCAUGCAGCGCGUUCAGAACAGCAUGAUGGCCGGCAACCCGCCCCAGUAG